AUGAGGAAUGUAAAUCUCUUUAAUAAUAAGAAGGAGCAUGUCAAAACAGAAAACACCAUUGCUAAAGCUAUUGAAUCCUUUUUCAUUAUUGGGAAAGGAAACACAGGUCAUUCCACCAAUAAAAUUAGCAUGAACAUUAAAUGGGAACCCCCAGACAGGGAAUGUUUUAAACUGAACACUGAUGGCUCAAUUGUGGGUAGAAUUGGUAUAAUAGGCAUUGAUGGGGUUGUUAGGAACAGUAAAGGGGAUUGGGUUAUGGGGUUUGUCAAGAGCAUCACCCACAACACUACUGUCCAUUCUGAGUUAUGUGUUUUGCAUGAAGGACUAUUAAUGGCAUGGAACCAAAAUCAUGUUCCACUCCAGAUCAGUGUCGACUCAACUGAGGUGGCUAAUCCGGAGAUUGGGGAACUGACUAGUUAA